GUAGUAUGGCUGGAUAGGGUUACUGGAAGGAUUUGCAUGUCAAUCUCUGCAAAAGCAAUGACCAUAACAAGGAUUGAAGAUAGGAGAUAUUGGAACUGGCUUCCUACAGAAGAAUCUAGAUGAUAAGUUUGAUGUUGGCUGUGAUCAGGUGGUGAUAUGCAUUUCUGACAGCUUACACAGGUUGGUCCCAUGUUAGUGACACAUUGGGGACUUAGUGGACCAGUGAUUCUUCGGCUAUCUGCUUGGGGAGCACGUUAUCUCGCAAGUUCAGAUUAUAAGGGAACACUGUUGGUGGAUUUUGCUCCUGAUCAUCAUAUUGAUGAUUUGAAGUCUGUACUCAUUAAGCACAAGAUUCAGUUUGCGAGACAAAAGUUGCUCAACUCUUGUCCAAUGGAGCUUGGCCUUGUCAAGAGAUUUUGGAAGUAUAUAUUAGACCGUGAGGGACUAGAUGGAGAUAUCUUGUGGUCUUCCAUUUCCAACAAUUUGUUGAUGUCCAUUGUGUUUACUUUAAAGCAUUGUUCCUUUACUGUGAAGGGAAAGGGACAAUUUAAGGAUGAAUUUGCCACCGCUGGAGGAGUUCCAUUGUCGGAGAUUUACUUGAAUACAAUGCAGAGCAGGAUCCAUCCAUGUCUAUAUUUUGCUGGAGAGGUACUAAAUGUUGAUGGUAUAACUGGAGGGUUUAAUUUUCAGGUAAUGGGAGUGUGUUCUGGCAACUAGGUAGAAUAAUAUACUGAUCUCCCACCAUUGACAGAUAUUUAUGCAGUUAAUAAAUUGAAUUUGUUGGCUGUGAGGCUGGCAACUUUAAGUUGUGGAAUCGUGAGAAAGAAUCAAUUACAAAGUGCUGCUCAAGUAAGUUGUACCCUGUUUGAAGUCAUGAUGGUUGUGUAAGGGCAAUGAAUAUCAAGCUUAUCCAAAUUACUCUAUUUAUCAUGAUAUCAGUUGACUGCAUAAACAUAUUAUUGUGUGUAAAGACUCUAGGCUUGUGUUCAGGUGGAAAUUGAAGUUCCAAGAUGUUUGAGAGUUGAUAAAACUCAACCUUUUCUUUGAAAGGGAACACAACCCAACUGGUUUAGUUGAGCCUUUUUGAAGUAUCAUAGUACUCUUAUGAGCU